AUGUCUGAGAAUCGGCAAGCAGUGGCACGGUUAACCCGUGAGUUGCAAGCUCUUAAAAAAGCUUGCCCGGCACAGAUUGACGCCAUGCCUUCUACUAAGAACAUGCUCGAGUGGCACUUUGUAGUUUUCGAUCUUCCCGAAGACACUCCGUAUUACGGCGGUGUCUAUCACGGGAAGUUGGUGUUCCCACAGAUGUAUCCGUUGAAACCACCGGCCAUCUACAUGAUCACUCCCAAUGGGAGAUUCGAGACGCAUACCAAAUUAUGUCUGUCGAUGUCGGACUUCCAUCCUGAAUCCUGGAAUCCCAGCUGGCGGGUGGAGACCAUUCUCAUCGGUCUCGUCAGUUUCAUGUUGGACAAGACUGAGCCGCGAACUACUGGAGGGAUGUCGGCAUCAACAGCUUACAGAGAGAAGUGUGCAAUCAAUAGCUUUGCGAAAAAUAAAUUCAAUAAAGACUUCCGAGAGCUCUUCCCGGAGUUUUUGGACACUUCUCGGUGA